AAUCGCGCCGCGGCUCGCUUACCCCCACCAGCGGCUCGGCCCACUUGGAACACGGCGGCUUGAAAAUCUCUAACGGACGCGGCGAGCGGCGCUGGCGCAUUCGUCUCCUGUCUCUCGCGACGCGCAGAGUUCGAGCAGCACACGAGAGAUACACCACGUCGAGGUCGAGCAGCAGAAGCAGCUACUUUUUUAAUAACCGUUAAAAAAGAACAAACAACACACCGACACCAUGAGGGAAAUCGUGCACAUCCAGGCUGGUCAGUGCGGUAACCAAAUUGGAGCUAAGUUUUGGGAAAUCAUCAGUGACGAGCAUGGCAUUGACCCGACUGGUGCCUACCACGGUGACAGCGACCUCCAGCUCGAGAGGAUCAACGUGUACUACAAUGAGGCCUCCGGUGGCAAAUAUGUGCCCAGAGCCAUCCUUGUGGAUCUGGAGCCCGGCACCAUGGACUCGGUCAGAUCCGGCCCCUUCGGCCAGAUCUUCCGACCGGACAACUUCGUGUUCGGACAGUCUGGUGCUGGUAACAACUGGGCCAAGGGUCACUACACCGAGGGUGCUGAGCUCGUAGACUCAGUCCUCGAUGUCGUCCGCAAGGAAGCCGAGAGCUGCGACUGCCUUCAGGGCUUCCAGCUGACCCACUCGCUUGGAGGUGGUACCGGAUCCGGUAUGGGAACCCUCCUCAUCUCCAAGAUCCGUGAGGAAUACCCCGACAGGAUCAUGAACACCUACUCGGUCGUACCCUCGCCCAAGGUCUCAGACACCGUCGUCGAGCCCUACAACGCCACCCUCUCCGUGCACCAGCUCGUCGAGAACACCGACGAGACCUAUUGCAUUGACAACGAGGCACUCUACGAUAUCUGCUUCAGAACGCUCAAGCUCUCCACACCCACAUACGGUGACCUCAACCAUCUCGUAUCUCUCACAAUGUCCGGUGUCACAACUUGCCUCAGGUUCCCCGGUCAGUUGAACGCUGAUCUCAGGAAACUCGCCGUCAACAUGGUACCGUUCCCUCGUCUUCACUUCUUCAUGCCCGGUUUCGCCCCUCUGACCUCCAGAGGCAGCCAACAGUACAGAGCCCUCUCGGUCCCCGAGCUCACCCAACAGAUGUUCGACGCCAAGAACAUGAUGGCUGCCUGCGACCCACGACACGGACGCUACCUGACCGUCGCCGCCAUCUUCCGUGGUCGCAUGUCCAUGAAGGAGGUCGACGAGCAGAUGCUCAACAUCCAGAACAAGAACAGCUCGUACUUCGUCGAAUGGAUCCCGAACAACGUCAAGACCGCCGUGUGCGACAUCCCACCACGUGGUCUCAAGAUGUCCGCGACCUUCAUCGGAAACAGCACCGCCAUCCAGGAGCUGUUCAAGCGUAUCUCAGAGCAGUUCACCGCUAUGUUCAGAAGGAAAGCUUUCUUGCAUUGGUACACUGGCGAGGGUAUGGACGAGAUGGAAUUCACCGAGGCCGAGUCGAACAUGAACGAUCUGGUGUCCGAGUACCAACAGUACCAGGAGGCCACCGCCGACGAGGACGCCGAGUUCGACGAGGAGGCCGAGCAGGAGGUCGACGAGAACUAGAGGGCGGAUAUAGGGAUUUUCUCUUUACCACACGUACUCAUACACGCCAAGAGAGAAAGACGUACUACACGAAAAAUGGAAAACUUGAAAAAAAAUCCGCUUCUUAACUUCGCCUCUCUCUUUCUCUCUGUCUGUAUUUUAUUCCAUCCCUUUUUUUGUCUUUCUUUCCCCCCUUACCUUUUGCGUUUGUUAAUAUUUUUUACGAAUAUAAUGCACUCGAUUGCGACUGUCUGAAAGACGCUCGUCUAUUACUGUUUCUAUAUUUCCCUACCCCCGUCCCUUGUCUUUCGUUAUCUCAUUUCGAAUUUAUUUUUCUUACCUCUUGGACUUUUUUCGUCGAAUAUCGUCAAAUUGUACCAUACAUAUGAAGCGGUCUUUUUUUUUGUUAGACUCAACAAAAAGCCCAAUUCCGAGGAACAUUGUGAUUUCGUUGUACAUUUUCGAGAUUGUUUUGUAUAGCGUCGACUCGAAAUCGCUACCGCAGCUGCCACUGUCAUCUUUAAUCAUAAAUUCUUAUUAUUAUCGAAUAAAGGUACAUUUGAUUAACAAGCAAUCAUUUGGAAUAGACAAAAUA